ACACUGAAAGGAAAAUAUGAAUUUUUGAACAUCUUUGGAGGGGCAUUUAAGCAAAUUAAAUAUGGUCCUUCGCAGCUUCGCCCUAUAAGCAUCCAGGAGCCUAAAGCAUCCCAGUAUCUCGUCCAGUGGCGCACAGGCGGUGAGGCGCGGAGUGCUGGAGACCUGCUGUCUCACCGUUUUUCUGCAGAUUUGGAUCACUCUACAAUGUCAUAUCCACAAUUUGGAUAUCCUUACUCGUCUGCACCUCAGUUCCUCAUGACCACCAAUUCUUUGACAUCUUGCUGCGAGUCGACUGGCAGAAGUAUGUCGGAUUCCGGUGUGGUGGCAUCGGCUCAGCCUUCAGUCUACUGCCCUGUGUACGAGAGCAGACUGCUGGCCACCGCCAGGCAUGAGCUGAGCUCAGCCGCUGCGCUGGGGGUAUACGGGAACCCUUACACCGGCAGCCAGGGCUACGGAAACUAUGUCACGUAUGGCACCGAUGCCUCCGCUUUCUAUUCACUGGGCACGUUCGACACCAAAGACGGGAGUGCCUCUGCGCAUGCGGGAAUCACACAAGCUGCUGCCUACUAUCCAUAUGAUCCUACUCUGGGCCAGUAUCAGUAUGACAGAUAUGGAUCUAUGGAUGGGGGCACGAGGAGAAAAAAUGCUACGAGGGAGACCACGAGCACUCUGAAGGCCUGGCUUCAGGAGCAUCGGAAGAACCCUUACCCCACUAAAGGCGAAAAGAUCAUGCUGGCCAUCAUCACCAAGAUGACCCUCACGCAGGUGUCCACUUGGUUCGCCAACGCCAGGAGGAGGCUGAAGAAAGAGAACAAGAUGACGUGGCCUCCCAGGAACAAGUGCUCCGAUGACAAGCGUUAUGACAAUGACGACGACGGAUCUCAAGAGGAGCAGAUCAAAAGCGAGAACAACGACGAUGAAAGUAGAAGUCGUGAUGACAAGGACCUUCAGCUCAGUGACCUGGAGGACUUUGACACGAUUGAGUCCGAAAACUCCGAAUGUGAGCUGAAGCACCAGUUUAACCUGAACACUCACAUGGCGACCACUGAGUGUUCCAGUGACCACCUCAAAGAUACGUCCUUAAAGUUAUCCAUUCCUGCCCCUUUGGAGAGCGACCAAGUAAUGACCAAAAACUGUCUCAAAACGCCCACAGAAGACUGCCAAACCACUAUGGGCCGCCAGACUAAACCGUGUUUCCAGACAGGCCACCAGAUACUCGAUAACAAACCACGGAUUUGGUCACUGGCACAGACCGCCACGUCUUUGAACCAAACGGAGUACUCGUCUUGUAUGCUGAGGUGUCCGUCCAACCUGCCGCCGUCUCCAGCGGCCUCCUCGCCAGUGAGCGUGCUGGACCGACAGCAGGACUCUCCCGUCACCACGCUGAGAAACUGGGUUGACGGGGUUUUCCACGACCCCUUAUUUAGACACAGCACUUUGAACCAAGCACUGACCAACACCACAGUAUCAUGGACCACUACCAAAACCUCAAUUCUGGAGACCGGAUCUGUAGGAAACAACGUAAUUAAGGGACACACAUCUUUACAGCACCCGGAUGCCAACAAAGACAGCCUGAGUUUUCCUAAAGCGGUGAACAAAAUGUUUUGCUCAUAACAAACCAAAACGUCAUUACAAAAAGUCUGUCCUUGGAUGUACAGUCAACCGCCUCUCACAUGAAAAAAAUAAUUUAAUCUAAAUUGUUCUCAAAAUGUUGGAUUUUUUAUAUGUUAUGGGUAACCGUGUAUAGCUGUUGCUCUAGAGGCA